UACGUCAUCGCGGGUGCAUGUGUUGAAUCAACACCGGGCCACCGGCGGCGAGGCCGUUUAAGAGUAAUUGAUUUAAAAUGACGGUGUUUCACGACGAGGUUGAAAUAGAAGAUUUUGAAUAUGAUGAAGAAACAGAAACAUAUUAUUUCCCUUGUCCAUGUGGUGACAGAUUUGCGAUAACGAAGGAGGAUCUUGAGAAUGGUGAAGAAGUGGCCACCUGUCCUAGUUGCUCACUUAUAGUAAAAGUAAUCUAUGAUAAGGAGCAGUUUAUGUGUGGAGAAGUAAUCGAAGCACCAAAAACAUCAGAUAACAAACUGGAGCUGGCCCAGAGUUGAGACAUAGACAUCGACAUGACUCUUUCACCUGAUCCUUUGCCCUGAUAAUGGACUUAAUGCACAUCUGUCAUUUCACAUACAGUAUGCAGAUCUUUUGUGAGAAAACUGAUCACAUGGACUUGAGAAUUUUAGCACCACAGAUUUUGCACACAAUUUACUUUUCGGUUAAAGUUAUUUAAGUUAAAAAAUGAAUAAAAACCUUUUAAAAACAA